AUGGACUGGAUACUGCUUAAAGCUGCAGCUGAAGGGGACACUAAUCUCUUUCAUCGUACCAAACUCCAUCAACCAGAUUUCGACAAGGUAACGCCACAGAAGAACAACGUUCUUCACAUUGCAGCUAAGAAUCAGAGGCCUAAAUUCGCUGCAGCCAUACUUGAUCUUUGCCCAUCCCUCCUCCUUGGAGUAAACUGCAAUGGAGACACCCCUCUCCACGUGGCAGCUAGAGUUGGUUCUUUAGAAGUUUCCAAACUUCUUGUCAAUACAGCUAAUCAAGCGACUUCUUCAGAUGUCGACACACGGAACCAGCUAUUGAGGUCUACUAACAAGCAGAACGACACAGCUUUAAAUCUUGCUAUUAAGCAAGGACAUGUCCAUGUAGCUAAGUUCCUUGUUGAAGAAGAUACAGGAUUGCUAGAUAUGGCCAAUAACGACCACAAUGAUGUAUUGUGUCCUUUGUACUUAGCUAUUGAAAGAGGGCUUUUCGACACUGCUGACCACAUUUUGGAAAUAUCUCCUUCGGUUUCCGGUAAAGGGCCUAAAGGUUUAAAUGCUUUGCACGCCGCUGUGGAGUCCGACAAUGUCACAACUGGUUUCUUGAGAAAAUUAAUGGGGAAAAGGCCGGAGAUGAUCAAAGAAGCUGAUUCUAUCGGAUGGACACCACUUCAUUACUCGGUAUGGCUAGGCAAAAUCAAGAUAACUCGACUCAUUCUCCGACAAGAUCACUCGGCUGCUUACAUAUCCGACAAGGAAGGACAAUGUCCGCUUCAUCUCGCUGCGUCUACUGGCCAAACUGAUGCCUACAGAGAGCUCGUUCGUAGCUGUCCUUAUGUCUGGGAACAAGUUGAUGCCAAAGGCAGAACAUCUCUCCACUCUGCAGUCAUCUCAAGACAGAAAAGAAUCAUUCACUGUGUUGUAGACAUGCCUGAUGAGGUUUCUCUUCAUCUGCUGAACGAAAGCGAUGCAGAUGGAAACACGCCUCUCCAUCUAUCUGUUGUCUACAAAUGCCACGCCAUUUUGCUUCUUCUCUUGCGUAACAAGCGAGUCGAUAAACAUGUUCUGAAUAGAAACCACUUCACCGCUGCUCAACUCUUUUACUCUCAAAAGCAAGAGAUUGGUUUCAAAGUGGCGAUGGUAUACUAUGCACUGCAAAUAUACUACAAACAACCAUCUAAGCGAGAGAACAUAGAGGCCAAGAGGAAGCAAGAGAAGAGAGAUCUUGAAGAAAGCAAUGCAAGAACUGAUUGUGCAAUGUACGAGGUUCAUCUUCUAGUCGCGGUUCUUGUCGCCACCGUGGCGUUUACUUCGGCGUUCCAACUACCGGGAGGUUACAAACCGGACGGCACACCUGCAUUGAUGGAAGAAGUAGCUUUCAAGUGUUUCUUGGUGUUUGACACAAUAGCUUUUUGCUGCUCUGUAACCACAGUCUAUUUCUUGUUCUACGCUUCGAGAGAUGGGUAUAGGGCACGCUCCACUUCUUUUGUCUACAUGUCUGCGAUGCUAAUGGUUGUGUCUCUGAUCGCAAUGGCGUCUGCGUUUGUAUCAGGGGUGUAUCUGAUUUCGUCCAAAUCGAGAGAAGUAGCCAUUGCACCUCUCUUGAUGGGUGGAUUCUUCCUCUUGCAUGGUUUCAUCUACUGGUUCCUUGAUCCUCGUGGCAGCUACCUCCUUGGCCUCGAACGACCUCGCCGCUUUUUCAGGAGACGCAAGAUGGACUGGAGAUUGCUUAAAGCUGCAGCUAAAGGGGACACUAAUCUCCUUCAUCUUACCGAAUUCCAUCAACCAGAUUUCGACAAGGUAACGCCACAGAAGAACAACGUUCUUCACAUCGCAGCCAAGCACCAGAGGCCUGAAUUCGCUGCUGCCAUACUUGAUCUUUGCCCAUCUCUCCUCCUUAGAGUUAACAGUACUGGAGACACACCUCUCCACGUGGCAGCUAGAGUAGGUUCUUUGGAAGUUUCUAAACUUCUUGUCAAUCCAGCUAAUCAAGCGACUUCAGAUGUCGAAAAUCGGUUAAUAGUCAACCAAGUUCAAAAUAUGACUCGGGAGCAAAUAUUGAGGACUACUAAUAAGCAGAACGAUACAGCUUUACAUGUGGCAUUAAAGCAUGGACAUGUCCAUGUAGCUAUGUUCCUUGUUGAAGAAGACACAGGAUUGCUAAAUAUGGCCAACAACAACCACAAUGUAUUGUGUCCUUUGUACUUGGCUAUUGAAAGAGGGCUUUUCGACAUUGCUGAUCACAUUUUGGACACAUCUCCUUCGGUUUCCGGUAAAGGGCCUAAAGGUUUAAAUGCUUUGCACGCCGCUGUGGAUUCCGACAAUGUCAGCACUGGUUUCUUGAGAAAAUUGAUGGAGAAAAGGCCGGAAAUGAUCAAAGAAGCCGACUCUAUCGGAUGGACACCACUUCAUUAUUCGGUAUGGCUAGGCAAAAUGGAGACAACUCGACUCAUUCUCCGACAAGAUAACUCGGCUGCUUAUGAAUCCGACAAGGAAGGACAAUGCCCGCUUCAUCUCGCGGCGUCUACUGGCCAAACUGAUGCCUACAUAGAGCUUGUUCGUAGCUGUCCUUAUAUAUGGGAACAAGUUGAUGGCAAAGGAAGAACAUCUCUCCACUCUGCAGUCAUAUCAAGACAAAAAGGAAUCAUUGACUGUGUUGUAGACAUGCCUGAUGAGGUUUCUUUUCAUCUGCUCAACGAAAGCGACGUAGAUGGAAACACGCCUCUCCAUCUAUCCGUUGUUUACAAAUGCCACGACAUUUUGCUGCUUCUUUUGCGUAACAAACGAGUCGAUAAACAUUUUGUGAAUCAAAACCACUUCACCGCUGCUCAGCUCUUUUACUCUCAGAAGCAAGAGAUUAGUUUCAUAGUGGCGAUGGUAUACUAUACGCUGCAAAGAUACUACAAACAACCAUCUCAGGGAGAGAGCAUAGACGCCAAGAACAAGCAAGAGAAGAGAGAUCUUGAAGAAAGCAAUGCAAGAAAUGACGGCGCAAUGUACGAAGUUCAUCUUCUAGUCGCGGUUCUUGUCGCAACUGUAGCGUUCGCGGCGGCGUUCCAACUACCUGGUGGUUACAAAACCGACGGUACACCUGCAUUGAUGGAAGAAGCCGCUUUCAAAUGUUUCUUGGUGUUUGACACAAUCGCCUUUUGCUUCUCUGUAACCACAGUCUACUUCUUGUUCUACGCUUCGAGAGAUGGGUAUCGCGUACGCUCCGUUUCUUUCGUCUACGUGACUGCGCUGUUAAUGGUUGCGUCUCUGAUCGCAAUGGCGUCUGCGUUCGUAUCAGGCAUGUACCUGAUUUCGUCCAAGUCUAGAUUAUUAGCCAUUGUACCUUUCUUGAUGGUUGGAUACUCCGUCUUGCAUGGUUUCAUUUACUGGUUCCUUGAUCCACGAGGUAGCCGCGUCCGUGGCCUGGGACGACCUCGCCGCUUUUUCAGGAGAAUAAUCUUUCGGAACUCACUGGCUCAUGAGCUGGUAUGUCACUGA